AUGGGUAUCUUCAGUCUCAGCGACAAGUCUCGCCUCAAACUCGGUAGUCGCACCAAUACUACCGUAUCAGUGUCCGUAGCGCCUGGUAGCCCCGAUUUCACGUUAGUGGCCCCUGUUGCGCAUACGUUCGGCAUCGACAAGCUGUCAAGUGAAUUGGGAACCUCGGUAUCCGAUGGCUUGACCAGAAGUGAGGCGCUGCGACGACUUGACUCGUACGGAGAGAAUGUACUGGCUGGAAAGGGAGGCGUCUCGGCAUUGAGAGUUUUAGUCGCCCAGUUCACCAACGCCCUUUGCUUGGUCUUGUUCGCUGCUUUGGCUUUGAGCUUCGGCGUCGGUGAUUUUGUUGAAGGGGCUGUUAUAGCGUGUGUCAUCGCUCUUAACACGGUCGUCGGCUUCUUCCAGGAAUAUAAAGCUGAGAAAACUAUGGAUACCUUGCGUCAACUCUCGUCCCCAAGUGCUGUAGUCAUUCGUGGAGGAGAGAGUAUUCCUGUCCCGGCAAAGUCGGUUGUCCCAGGAGACCUUGUCAUGGUCAAAGCUGGGGAUGUAGUCCCUGCAGAUAUCCGCAUGAUAUUCGUAUCCAACUUAGAAGUAUCUGAACAACUACUAACUGGAGAAUCUAUCCCUGUACCAAAGACGAUUCAAACAUUUAAGGACGAUGAGAUCGAUAUUCCUAUUGGUGACAGAGUGAACCUAUGCUACUCCUCGACCGUCGUGACGAAGGGCCGGGGAACUGGUAUUACCAUCGGAACCGGCAUGUCCUCCCAGAUUGGGCGCAUCGCUGCAGCGAUGAGCGGAACUAAAGGCAGCAGUGGUGAAGACGAAGCAGCUAAACCAUGGUAUCUUGCUGCUUGGCACACGUUGCUCGGCGGACUCGGCCUACGCAAUGGCACACCUCUUCAAAUCAAGAUGGCGAGACUUGCGUACUUCUUGCUUGGAUGCGCCAUCGUACUUGCCAUCAUUGUCUUCAGUGCAGCUAGAUGGCGUAUCACGGACGAAAUUGCCCUGUAUGCUAUCGCGACAGCCAUCGCUAUCAUCCCUGAGUCUCUUGUCGCUGUGCUUACUCUUACGAUGGCUGUUGGCACAAGGCGCAUGGCCAAGCAACGCGUCAUUGUACGACGGCUCGACGCUCUCGAAAACCUUGGUGGUGUUACGGAUAUCUGCAGUGACAAGACCGGUACCCUCACGUUAGGACAAAUGUCUGUUCGCAAACUUUGGGUAGCAGGAGACGCGAGCCACUCGGUAGAAUAUACGGCCGAUACUGCGUCAAACGCGAUUGAGCCUAUCGGUGCUGUUAUUCGCGAAGACACUGCGGCGAGGGUUGACGUCAAGAACAUGGAGCAAGGUCUCGCUCAGGUUGUUCGCGUCGCAUCUCUUUGCAAUGUCGCAACUAUUCACAAGAAUCUCAAAGACGAGUGGAAGUCCACUGGUGACCCUACCGAGGUCGCCCUCCAAGUCUUUGCGACCAAACUUGCCAUGGGGCGUUCUUCGCUCGUUACCAAGGAGUCUAAGGCUCCAGAAUCGGCACCUCUGCUCAUAGGGGAGAAGGUAUCGCAAGGCCCCGAAGUUGCGUUCGCUGACACCAAACUCGAGACGUCGGGAAGAUAUACCAUGAUUUCCGAGUUCCCGUUUUCUAGCGAGCUCAAGCGGAUGUCCUCCAUCUAUGCUGACACUAAGGAUGACAAGAACGUUCUUUGCUUGAUCAAAGGAGCGGUUGAGCGUGUCCUUGAUGCGUCAGACGCCUAUUUACCGUCUCCUAUGUCCGAUCCCACCAUUACGGCACCCUUGAAUGACUCGGUUCGCGCCUUGAUUCAUACUAAAGCGGAAGAACUAGCUUCCAAAGGCCUUCGUGUCAUUGCCCUCGGACAACGCUUCCUUGACCCAUCGAAGGCUCGCGACAUCACGCGCGAUGAGGCCGAAUCGAAGUUCACAUUCCUCGGGCUUACAGGUAUCUUCGAUCCGCCAAGGCCAGAAACUCUUGAGGCUGUUCGGGCAUGCAAGCGCGCUGGCAUCGUUGUUCACAUGUUGACCGGCGAUCAUAUCACUACUGCUCGAUCGAUUGCAGAGGCCGUCGAGAUCAUCACUCCUGAUGCUCCUAAGAGCGCAGUCAUGACCGCCGUGGAAUUUGAUCGCCUGUCCGAUAGAGAAAUUGAUGAACUCCCUGAGCUUCCUCUCGUUAUCGCUCGCUGCGCUCCAGAAACCAAGGUCCGCAUGAUUCACGCCGGAAAACGUCGCGGAAAGCACAUGUCUAUGACUGGGGAUGGUGUGAACGACUCUCCGGCUCUGAAGCUCGCGCCUGUUGGUAUCGCUAUGGGUUUAGCUGGGUCUGAUGUCGCCAAAGAUGCAUCAGAUUUAGUUCUCACUGACGACAAUUUUGAUUCGAUUCGCGCCGCCAUCACUGAAGGCCGACGCCUUUUCGCCAACAUUCAACGUUUCGUUUUGCAUCUUUUAUCGGCAAACAUCGCCGAAGUGGUUUUACUCAUCCUAGGUUUGGUUUUCAUCGACGAUAACAAUGCCAAUGUAUUCCCUCUCAGUCCACUCGCAAUUCUCUGGGUGAACCUGCUUACAAGUGGUCCACCCGCAUUGGGACUCGGCCUCGAAAAAGCGGCGCCAGAGCUCAUGAGCCAACCACCUAUCAAAGAGGGCAUCUUUUCUUGGCCUGUCAUCAUCGACACCAUCGCUUAUGGAGUUGUCAUGGGUGUUACUUGCCUUGUCAAUUUCAUAAUUGUCAUCUAUGGUGCCAACGACGGCACGUUGGCCCAUGACUGCAACCACGAGGCCUCGGCCAUCUGCAUCGCUGUCUUUAGAGCACGUUCGACUGCAUUCGCCACACUAAUUUUCCAGAUUCUGCUCUAUGCGUUGGUUUUAAAAUCAUUUGACCGCUCCUUGUUCUCCUUGAUUGCUGGGCAAACAUGGUACAGGCCCUACCUCGAUAAUCCCGUCCUUUUGGCGACUAUCAUUGGGGGAUUGAUCAGCGUCGUAUUGCCUAUCUACAUUCCCGUUUUCAAUACUCGCAUCUUCUAUCAGCGAGGCAUUGGUUGGGAAUGGGGACUUGUCAUCGGCAUGACGCUCGUCUUCGUCAUCUUCUCCGAAGUUUGGAAGAUCAUGCGCAGGCCUUUGCUCAAACGCUGGAUCCAUCCCAUCGUUUGA